AAACGUAAACCGUAGCUGCUUAUCUUUAUCUCCGCAUAAACCCGGCCUUUUCGUAAUGCAUACGUUACAAAUAAUUCAGAUAACGACUAUGCACAGAGAACAACUUCGAUGUACCGCCGCAUGCGUGCACAGCCACUUCUUCUUCCCCAGCUCCCCAUACCCGCCUCUCCACCGCACUUCCGUAAAAGUCUCCUCUCGGUGCAGCCGAAGGUAACCCUCGUCAUCCUCGGGGCCUGCUCUUAUUUUGGCAGCCAGAUCGGGUUAGUACAAUGCUUAGUCAUGGUGAGUUACUGCUUUCCCAAGCUUUCUCGGUUCGCGGCGCACAGACGAGGAUGGCAGCAGCCGGGGCUGCGUCUUCCGCCGAUCUAUGCAUGUCCUAAUCCAGCUGUGUUCAAGCAUAAGCCGGUGUCAUAUGGAAGCACGUUUUGCCAGAGCUGAUGUGACCGGUAUCGCCUCAUCGUGGAGAAAGGCAUCCUCGGAGAAUCUCCUUUCUGUGAAGCUGAAUUCCGCCUUUGCUGCCCCCACCGCUGCUCUCGGGAAAUGCGUGCCGGUGUGAUCUCAGCGCCUCUCUGAGCCAAGCUUGUCCUCCGUAAUUGCCGCCAUAAACACCACUGCUGUUUCAGCUUUUGAGCCCCGAUGACAGGCAAUCAAAGACACUGCAAAUAUCGCUGAAGACUGGACAGUUCAUAGUGCGGCCAAACCCAGCCUCCGUUUCGAGGACUGCUUUGCACAUCAGUUUAUAGACCUCGGAUUCUACCUCUUGUCAGAGCUGGCCAGCGAGGAUGCAGGUGCGGGGUCGCCGUCGGCGGUGAGCAUGUACGCGGCGGGCAUGACGGAGUGCAAGGCGGAGGUGACUCCCUCCACCCGCAACGGCCACCGCGUCUUCAGCUACACGCUGGAGAGCCACACGGCGGCCGCCUUCGCCAUCAUGGACGAGCUGCGGCUGCAGCGGCAGCUCUGCGACGUCACCCUGCGCGUCAAGUACGGCGACCUGGAGGCCGUGGACUUUGUGGCCCACAAGGUGGUGCUGGCCUCCUCGUCGCCCGUCUUCCGUGCCAUGUUCACCAACGGGCUCAAAGAGUGCGGCAUGGAGGUGGUGCCAAUCGAGGGAAUACACCCCAGGGUUAUGGAGCGCCUGAUCGAGUUCUCCUACACAGCCAGCAUCUCGGUGGGCGAGAAGUGCGUGAUCCACGUGAUGAACGGCGCGGUCAUGUACCAGAUCGACAGCGUGGUGAAGGCCUGCUGCGACUUCCUGGUGCAGCAGCUGGACCCCAGCAACGCCAUCGGCAUCGCCAGCUUCGCCGAGCAGAUCGGCUGCACCGAGCUGCACCAGAAAGCCCGCGAGUACAUCUACAUGAACUUCAGCCAGGUGGCGACGCAGGAGGAGUUCUUCAACCUGUCGCACUGCCAGCUGGUGAUGCUGAUCAGCCGCGACGAGCUGAACGUGCGCUGCGAGUCCGAGGUCUUCCACGCCUGCGUGGCCUGGGUGCUCUACGACCGCGAGAACCGGCGGCCCUACGUCCGCGCGCUGCUGCAGGCCGUGCGCUGCCACUCGCUGACGCCGCAUUUCCUGCAGCUGCAGCUGCAGAAGUGCGAGGUGCUGGAGUGGGACGCGCAGUGCAAGGACUACCUCUCGCAGAUCUUCCAGGACCUGACGCUGCACAAGCCCACCAAGGUGCUCUCCUGCCGCACGCCCAAAGUGCCGCAGCUCAUCUACACGGCGGGGGGCUACUUCCAGCAAUCCCUCAGCUACCUGGAGGCGUACAACCCCUGCCAGAGCGAGUGGCUGCGGCUGGCGGAGCUGCAGGUGCCCCGCAGCGGCCUGGCAGCGUGUGUCAUCGGCGGCCUCUUCUACGCUGUGGGCGGCCGCAACAACGCGCCUGACGGCAACAUGGACUCCAACACGCUAGAUUGCUACAACCCCAUGAACAACCGCUGGUCCCCCUGCGCCCCCAUGAGCGUGCCGCGCAACCGCAUCGGCGUCGGGGUCAUCGACGGCAUGAUCUACGCCGUGGGCGGCUCGCACGGCUGCAUCCACCACAACAGCGUGGAGAGAUACGAUCCCGAGCGGGACUCCUGGCAGCUGGUGGCCCCCAUGCUGACCCGACGCAUCGGAGUGGGUGUGGCCGUCAUCAACCGGCUGCUGUAUGCGGUGGGAGGGUUUGACGGCACACACAGGCUCAGCUCAUCCGAGUGCUACAACCCUGAGAAGGACGAGUGGAAGAGCACGGCACCCAUGAAUACUGUGCGGAGCGGAGCUGGUGUAUGCGCGCUGGGGAACGCGAUCUACAUCAUGGGGGGCUACGACGGCACCAACCAGCUUAACACCGUGGAGCGCUACGACAUCGAGGCGGACAGCUGGACCUUCGUGGCCUCCAUGAAGCACCGCCGCAGCGCGCUGGGGGUCACCGCGUACCACGGGCGCAUCUAUGUGCUGGGUGGAUAUGAUGGGAAUACGUUCCUGGACAGCGUGGAGUGCUAUGACCCAGAGACGGACACCUGGACAGAGGUCACUAAGAUGACGUCGGGGCGGAGCGGCGUGGGUGUGGCCGUCACCAUGGAGCCCUGCCGGAAGGGGCUGAUGCAGUGCUUAAAGCUCUAGAGCACCAACUCGGCGCGGGCCGGACUGUUUUUUUUUUUCGUUUGUUUUUUUUGUGUUACACAGACACCUGAUGGUCCGAAACCGGGCCAUGACCGUAUGGACCACUGGCCCACCCGCUGGCUCCAAAAGGGGGGGCAGUGGGAGUUGGGCAGGGACCUGGGGUACGACACCUUCAGCCGCCAUCAAUCUUUGGGCGGAACCUGGUAAAAAUGCCAAAUGGCAAGAAGAAUCCUGCCGUUUAUCCACAGAAGGUUCCUCCCGUUUUCCCUCCUCUUAACAUCUCAGGUCAUUAUAUGAAUGAGAAAGUAAAAACCGGUUCCUCUAUUGCUAUUAUUUCUCCAGGUAUUUAAUUAGUUGCUUAACAGAAGUGUAACUCCGGGGGUUGUGUUAACGUUAGGAUAAUGUUUCUCCGGCCCUUGCGGAGUGGGCCGUGGCAGAUGUGUAUGUUUAUUAAGCGCGUUGAGGCAAACAUGAAGGGUCCAGGGUGGGGGGCAGGGGGCCUGAAGAGGAAAUGAGAUCUUAUGUAGCGUUUUGUGGAGAAUGAGGGGAAAUGAGUUCUCUGAGCUUAAAGUGCCAUUGUCUUGACUGGCCAUGUGAUCAGUGGGGUGUAUGUGCUUAUACAUGCUGGCGUAGUUCCUGGUACUCUGACGUUCUCGGCGUAUUAGGAAGUGGCUGAGUGUGGGACGUUCGUUUCUUUACUUUCUACCUUCUCCGCUUCCAUGCCAGUAGCCGGCCUCCCAGCGCAGUGUACUACUACAACUGUCUCGCCGAACUCCACUUUGUGGGGGAACGGAAGGGCGUUUCAACCACGUUGGGGACGCCCGCUUGAGGGAGAGCUGUCAUCAUAAACGUACGAACACUAACAGGAGACUGGAUCAUUCUUUUUUUUUUUUUUUACAUCCACAGCAUCUCUAGCACCGUACUUUUACUGAGGAAAGAAAUCAGCAAUUUGCAUUGGCCAAUUGGUCACCAUGAAUGGGACAAAAAAAAUUAACUUAAGGUAUUGUAUUUGUUACAGCAGUUUAAGCUAAUUUUUUUUUUAAGGACUAAAAUUUUGUACGUUGAUAUUCCAUACAGUCUUGUACAGAAUUCUAGGGCUUUUUAAACGUUUAAUUUUUUUUUUUUUCCUUCAUUCUGCGAUUUUCCUGCUUCAGCUGCCUUCGCUUUGUAAAGGAUCGGACUCCGAUCUCAAGUUUCCUACUGAGCAUGCUGUAUUUGAGACGUCUGACAACAGAAUUCACGUUUUGGAAGUUUUCUCCUAAAAUAAAAGGGACUUUUUUUUCUUCUUUAUAUAGUUCAAAAUUUACCUAAUUUAAAUACUGCAUUGUAAAUUUUAAAGCAAAAUUCAGUGUACAAACAGACAUUGUCUAUUAAAGUAUUUGUUUACUGUAAUA